CGCGCUCCGCCGCGGUGCCCACGGCUUCCGGUCGGUCGCGGGUGUGCGGCGGGGCCAUGGGUAAAGUGAGGGGACUACGGGCCCGCGUGCACCAGGCGGCCGUGAGGCCCGUGGGGGAGGCCGCGCGCCGUCCCGCGUCCCCGGCCCGAGAGGCGGCCUCUCCGCAGGCCUCGGCCGGCACAGCCGGGGGAAAGGAGUGGGCCUUCAUGAGGACAGACGUCUUUGCCAGGACCAAGAUAGACCCCAGCGCCUUGGUGCAGAAGCUGGACCUGGAUACAAGGAGUGUCACCUCCAUCAGGAGAGGCACCGAGGCGAAGACCAUUUUGCCCAAGAAGGAGAAGCUGAAGCUGAGGCGUGAGAGGUGGCUGCAGAAAAUUGAAGCCAUAAAACUGGCCGAGCAGAAGCACAAGGCAGAACGGAGGCGGAGGGCCACGGUGGUGGUGGGGGACCUGCAGCCCCUGAGGGACGCCCUCCCUGAGCCACCAGAGCCCCAGGCUGGCAGCCAGCAGCCACACACACGAGGGGCGAGCAGCAAGCCCCGGCCGGCCGAGUGGAGCCGCAUGAGCGCAGCCCAGAGGCUCCAGCUUCUCAGCCAAGAAAGCUGGGCCCACUGCACCGUGACCUUGGCUGGGGUCAUGCAAGCAGGAGCAGAGCACGAGCUCCGCUCCCACCCCAUUCACCCACCCCAUGGCGAGGAAGAAAGGACCCGCUUUCAGGAGCUGCUGGCCAGCCCGGCCUACAGAGCCAGCCCCCUUCUGGCCAUCGGGCAGCAGCUGGCCCAGCAGAUGCGGCAGGACUGCCAGCUCUGACCAGCCCGGGUGUGCUGGGCUCAGUGGGAGCAUGCACGAAGGUGCCCAUAGAGUCGUGCUUUUCACCAUGUCACCUUGAGCCUGGCGGGCUGCCCCCGUGGUGUUCCUCCCCCCCAUUGGGAGGUGGGUGGGGACAAUAAAUCUGCAUGAGCUCAGGUGUGGGUCACAGCCGCUUCCUUCUGUGUCUCGGCCGUCCCGUGGACUCCCGACCUGCCACUGCCCUUCCCAAGGCUGGCCAGCGUGGGACACCGGCCCCGCUCCCCACAGCAGAACAGUGGCUAAGUGGGCUGUGAGGGCCCGGGACACCCUGCCGCCAGGGGAUGCCGCUCUGUUGGGUUCUGUGGCUGCUUGCUGCCUCGCCUGCUCCAAAGGGCCGGUGGAGGCCCGAGGCCUGCCUGCCUUCUCACCUGGGCCCCCAGCCCUGGCUCUCUGUGGCUUCCAGCCAGGUCCCCUCCCACUGUCACCGUGUGGUGAGCAGGGCAGGUCCCUGGGAGCAGCCUUGUUAGAAGCCCUGGGGUCUGGUGAUUGGAUUGCAGAACUGACUUCAACCCUUGAUCUGAAGAUGUGGAACGUGGAGGGAACUUUCCCAGCCCCCAAGGCCUGGCCUGGGCUCUUCCCAGGAGAGGGAAUCGGGGUUUGUGUCAGGCAGGGACUCAAAGCCUGCAUCCUACGGGGGAGAGGUGGUGGGCAUGUGCCUCCGAAGCCAAGGGCCCCCACAGCAGCUCUGGGCCCAGAAACAGGCUGUGUGACAGGAGUAGUUUGAAGAGCAGUACUUGUGACACACCCACUUGUGCAAUAAAGUAAGUGCUGGGAGAGAAGGCAGGGUGUGCGAGAGCGCUGCUGGCUGUCUGGGAGGUGGUGCGGGCCGCUUGGUCUUUGUCACGCUUUUCUGUAUUGUUAUGCCUAAUAAAUGUGACUGUGCCUUUAUCAC